AGAUUGGGAACAAAAGGGUCAAAUGAAAAUCAACCAAAGAAAUAGUAAAGGGACAUAGAGAUUUCCAACAAAAUAGGACGAAAGGUAAAAUAUAGAAAUUAAGAAUGAUAUGCAUGCUUGUCCCUUUACCCUGGUAAUUUGUUUGGCAAUGAUGGUGAUGAAGCAGAAUAAGUAAUGAUGAAUCCAUGGUGAAUUGGUGAUAGCUUUUCAAAGGGUUGCCACAAACCCAAAAAUGAGGGGUUGUUGCUUCCCUGGGAUUUUGGAUCGCUCCCGCAGUCGCAGGGGCACCUUAAGGUUUAUUAAAAGUCCUUGUUAUGAUUCAUCUAAUUCUAAACAUAGUGUAAAUCGGAGCAGAGAGAGUCCUAGAGGGCCUCUGGUUGUUUGCUUUGGGGAGAUGAUGAUAAAUUUAGUUCCAACAGUGCCAAGAGUGUCCCUUGCAGAUGCAACUGCCUUUAAGAGAAUCCCCGCUGGAGCCACUGCCAAUGUUGCUGUUGGAAUUUCUAGAUUAGGAUGCUCAACAGCUUUCAUUGGCAAGGUGGGGAAUGAUGAAUUUGGCUAUAUGUUAUCUGAUAUUCUGAAACAAAAUGGUGUUGACAAUUCUGGCCUGCUCUUUGAUGCUAAUGCAAGAACAGCAUUGGCAUUUUAUGCUCUUAAGAGGGAUGGACAAGCUGAAUUCAUGUUUUACAGAAACCCUAGUGCUGAUAUGCUUCUUCGUCCUGAUGAAAUUGGUGUGAGCCUCAUAAAGAAGGCCACAAUAUUUCAUUAUGGUUCAGUCAGCUUGAUUCAGGAGCCUUCUAGGUCAGCUCACCUUGCAGCAAUGAGUGUUGCCAAAGUGUCUGGCUGUAUCCUUUCCUAUGCCCCAAAUAUGGCAUUGCCACUGUGGCCAUCAAAAGGGGCUGCUAGAAAGGGCAUCAUGAGUAUCUGGAACUAUGCAGACAUUAUUAAGGUAAGUGUGGAUGAAAUUCGAUUCUUGUCUGAAGGUGAUGAUCCUUAUGAUGACAAUGUGAUCAUGAAGAAGCUGCACCCUUACAAUCUCAAACUGCUGCUUGUCACUGAAGGAGCACGAGGCUGUAGAUAUUACACCAAGAUGUUCCUCAUUGCUGCACAGGAAUUUAAAGGAUGGGCUGCUGGUUUUGAGGUGGAAGCAAUUGAUCCAACUGGAGCAGGUGAUUCCUUUAUGGGAGGACUUUUGAGCAUUGUGGCAGCACACAACCAAAUUUAUAAGGAUGAGAAAAGAUUAAGGGAGGCUCUUGAUUUUGCAAAUGCUUGUGGUGCUUUCACAGUGACAGGGAGAGGGGCCAUACCUUCACUUCCCACAAAAGAUGCUGUUCUAAGAAUUAUGUUCUCAUACUUCAAUUCAUAGACGAGUAGUACAUUUGCCAAUGUGGCAACUAAAUUGGUUAACUGAAAGGUGUUCAAUUUAAUUCAUGUUAGUUGAGGCCUCUGACAUGUCAUAGUUUCCAUUUGCCAUAAACAUUUUCCCUAAAAAAAAAAAUAUAUAAAUUGGAUGAGUCUAACAAUUAGGUGAAAACUAACAUCUUGGUCGAUAUUCACUAAUGUCUUGCUAUAUCACGUUUUUAUUGUAAAAUUUAUAUUUGUGUUUUUAAGCAUUUAUCUUGAUA